AAAAAAGGAAGAGAAAAAAAAAGGGGGGGGGAGGCAGACAGACACACACUUUAGAUAAGGACAAUUAGUCACCAGCAAGACCCUGUAGAAAGAAGGGGCUCAAAUCAGAGGGAUUUAAUUAGGGAGUUCGGUGCCUUCUCUUCACGCCAUGCCCUAUACCAGCUCCUGCCCCCCUGCGCUCCUAAGCCCGAUGGCACUGUGGCUUGCUCUGAUGCUUCAUCUUUCUCUUUCCUCCCAAGCUGGAGACAGGAGAACUUUUCCUGUAGGCAAGUCUCAAGGUGUGAAGGAAAAGACCCUGAUUCUUCUCGAUGUGAGCACCAAGAGCCCUGUCAGGACAGUCAAUGAAAACUUCCUCUCUCUACAGCUGGACCCUUCCAUCAUUCAUGAUGGCUGGCUGGAUUUCUUAAGCUCCAAAAGGCUGGUAACCCUGGCCCGGGGACUGUCGCCUGCCUUCCUACGUUUCGGGGGCAAGAGGACCGAUUUCCUCCAGUUUCAAAACUUAAGGAACCCAGCAAAAAGUCGCGGGGGUCCUGGUCCCGAUUACUAUCUCAAGAACUACGAGGAUGACAUUGUUCGGAGCGAUGUUGCCUUGGAUAAGCAAAAGGGCUGCAAGAUUGCCCAGCACCCUGAUGUAAUGUUGGAGCUUCAGAGGGAGAAGGCUGCUCAGAUGCACUUGGUUCUCCUCAAGGAGCAAUUCUCCAAUACAUACAGUAAUCUCAUAUUAACAGCCAGGUCUCUAGACAAACUCUAUAACUUCGCUGAUUGCUCUGGGCUGCACCUGAUCUUCGCCUUGAAUGCACUGCGACGCAAUCCUAACAAUUCCUGGAACAGCUCAAGCGCUCUGGGUCUGGUUAAGUACAGCGCUAGCAAAAAAUACAACAUCUCUUGGGAGCUGGGCAAUGAACCAAACAACUAUCGGACCAUGAAUGGCCGUGCAGUGAAUGGCAGUCAGCUGGGAAAGGAUUAUAUCCAACUAAAAAGCCUGUUGCAGCCCAUCAGGACUUACUCUAGAGCCAGUUUGUAUGGACCCAAUAUUGGGCGUCCCCGGAAGAAUGUCAUAGCUCUUCUAGAUGGGUUCAUGAAGGUAGCUGGGAGCACUGUGGAUGCUGUUACCUGGCAACAUUACUACAUUGACAGCCGAGUGGUCAAGGUUAUGGACUUCCUGAAAACCCGACUAUUAGACACACUCUCUGACCAGAUUAGGAAAAUUCAGAAAGUGGUAAACACAUAUACCCCAGGGAAGAAGAUUUGGCUUGAGGGUGUUGUAACCACCUCAGCUGGAGGCACAAACAAUCUGUCUGAUUCCUAUGCUGCUGGAUUCUUAUGGUUGAACACUUUAGGAAUGUUGGCCAAUCAGGGCAUCGAUGUUGUGAUACGGCACUCAUUUUUUGACCACGGCUACAAUCACCUUGUGGACCAGAAUUUUAACCCAUUACCAGACUACUGGCUCUCUCUCCUGUAUAAACGUCUGAUUGGACCCAAAGUUCUAGCAGUGCAUGUUGCUGGCCUCCAGCGGAAGCCGCGGCCUGGCAGAGUCAUCCGAGACAAAUUGCGCAUUUAUGCUCACUGCACAAGCCACCACAACCACAACUACGUCCGUGGGUCCAUUACACUAUACAUUAUCAACCUGCAUCGAUCAAGAAAGAAAAUCAAACUGGCGGGAACACUCAGGGACAAGCUUGUUCACCAGUAUCUCCUGCAGCCCUACGGGCAGGACGGGCUCCAGUCAAAGUCAGUGCAGCUAAAUGGCCAACCUCUGAUGAUGGUAGAUGAUGGAACGCUGCCAGACUUGAAGCCCCGACCCCUUCGGGCUGGCCGAACAUUGGUUAUCCCACCAGUAACCAUGGGUUUUUAUGUAGUCAAGAAUGUCAAUGCUCUGGCCUGCCGGUACCGAUAGGCCUUCUUCAAAUCCAUUUGUCAUUGAUGGACCUGCUGGACCUGUAUUAAUUCUUCAGAGCUAACAGUAUCCUUUUUCAUUGAUGAAUAUCUUCUUAGGCAGACUACAACAGACCCUGCUUCCAAGUCUUGUUGAACACAGGAUAGGCCUUUUCUCCAAGAAGAUCCUAAGUUCCAUUGAAAUUGUAUGCAUACAUACAUAUAUAAAUCCUUGAAAAAGACAAAUACACAAAAAUAUAUUUUAUACAUGUAUGUAUGUAUGUAUAUAUGUAUGUAUGUAUGUAUGUAUGAGUGGAUGGAUGGAGGGAUGGAUCUGCACCCUAAAAUAAGUGCACUCACCUUUCCUAGGGAAAAUGCCACCAAAUACCUUCCUGUUGUUCUGGCUGCCCAACUACCUGACGACAAAUCUUUGGACUUCUGUUACUGCCCAGCCGGAGGACAGAAAAAAAAAAGAUAAAAGACUUGCUGGAGCCCAAGGCCAAUUCUCAGCACCUCACCUUUUACUGUUGUCUGCUGCUGCUCUGGGUUUCUAUCUACUGUUACCAUUUUUCUUUAGGUGAUAGGGUGAAGGAGUCAGUUCAGGGCCUGGCGGAUGAGUUUUUCCCAGCUGAUCUGUAUAUAUACGUGUAUGCAAGCGUGACACUGACAUUGCUUGUUUGCUCAAUUUCUGGAAUCUAUAUCCUUAAAAUGUAGAACUAUACGUAAGCCCCAGGUUUUCAAAUAAUGACCCCAAAUCUAAUUCAUCCCAAGGUUAUUUGGACAACAUAUACCAAGUAGAGAGCAAUGAAUCAGGUACAACAUUCCUUCCUGCAUGUAGCUCUUGAGCCACUGGGGAAAUAUGAAAAAUAUUAAGUUCAAACAGGCAAGAACACAACAAAAAUAAACAUCCAGUACUAUUAUGAACUGAUCAGAAAAAGCUGAGCCCGGAGGAAGGUCAAUCCAACUCACCCAGUGUUUAAUCAGUUCUUUCUAAGCACAUAGUCCUGACUGAAGCACUAAGAAAUGAUUAGGAAUGAUCCCAACCCUCCAGGAGUUUAGCAUCUAAGAGGGCAGAUGCCAAGAGACACAGAUCCAUAGAAUGUCCUAAGUUCACAGAAAAGUGGAAAAUAUGAUGCUAGGAAGGAAGAGAUUGCUCCAAGCUUUGAUGGGAAAUAAGGAAUGUCCAGGAGAUGGAAACUGAGUUGAGUCUUGAAGGAUGGGAAGGAUUUCAACAAUUAUUGAGUGGGGCUAAGUAGGAUAGGGUUAAAGAGGGAAAACUUUAUAGAAGGAGCAAAUCAAAAUCAUCUCCUAAGGAUAAAACUCAAUUUGGUAUUUUCCACCAUCUUCCCACUCAGUAAAACAGUAAAUAAUAGGAUUUGCCUAUUGAUCCAUGUAAAAGGGCCAGAUCUAUGGAGUCUCAACUCAGAGCUAACUUGACCAGACAGACAAGGCUUUAGGCAACACCUUCAGGAAAGAGGAAGGGAAGUUCUAGUAAACAAAAGAAAAUACAUAUUUAUGGAAGACAAAGAUAAGUAGAAAGUCUCAGGGAAGAAGUUGGAAGAAUGAGAUGUUAAACAAGUUUGGUUGACUGGGGAGUGAGUAUAGCAGACUGAGUACAAUUUAGAGGAAUCAGGAACAACUGGAGAGGGACCAUAUAGGUCCAUGUUUGGCUUUUCCAUUUUACUUGAGAUGUCAUUGCCAGUUAUAGGCUUUUGAGCAAUCAAGUGACAUGAUUAAAAUGGAAAAUAAUUUUUGCUGCUGUCUAUAGGAGAAAAUAGAAGAGGAAUGGCUGAGAUGCUGGAGGGAAGGAAGUUACUUAAAAUGCUGUUGCAACAAUGAUAGGCACAAACUAUUAGGUAUCUGGACUCAAUUUGUAGCUAAAAUAAUAAGGAGGGACAGAACUAAAAAAUACAACAGAAGGAAUAGCAUAACUUACUGAAGUUGGUUAUAGAGUAAAGCAAAUGUUCUAAUGCUAGAGAAGUAUGUGGACACUCAACAUGAGCAGUGAAGCUUUCAUUAGAAUCUGAGAAUGGCCAUUUUGUGGAAGCCUGAGGAAAUUUGGGCUCAGUUUUUCUCUUGGGCUUUGUUCUUAGGUGUUAGUAGAAUCCCACAAGAGAUGUGCUGCCGGGAUUAUGGGACUAGAGUUAGGCUGGAGUUAAUGCCGGAGACUGAAGAUGAAAACCAUUCAAAUGGAUGAGCAGAGCAGAGGGCACAGCACUCCCUGAUCACCCUUCAGGAUACCUUGUGAGGUGUGCUAGAGCAGAGCAAAGCACUCUUCCAUAAUCAUUCUACCCUAGGAAGGAAGAGUUCCAUUAGAAGAUUAAGAAAGUGAAAAGAAGAGCAGAAAGUGUAGGAUGUGAGGAAGAAAAGGGAAAGAAAGCAAUAAUAACAAUGAUGACAACAAUAAUAAUUAACUCAUGGAAGUACCAACAAGAUUGUAAAGUAAGUAGUACAAGGACUUAGCAUCUUACUCAUGUAGAAACUCGUAGAUCACUAUAUAUUCUGGUACUCAAAGGCAGUUUGUUCAAGUAUCCAGAAAGCCAGCUAGUGCUUUGUAUAGGAAAGCACUUUAGAAGCCUUCAAAAGACUUCCAGACCAUGACACUGAAAGAGCCCCAACAGAGCAACCCAAAGUCAUGGUAUCAUCUCCUUCCCCUCUUACCUUCUCAUGGAUCCUUGGGAUUCAGACAGUGAAGAGUUGGAAGGGACCUUGGAAAACAACAACUAGUCCAAGUGAAAGUUAGGGCUCAGAGAGAUGGUAAGAUUUGUCCAAAGGCACACAGCUAAUAAUUGGCAGAGCUAAUAGUUCUUCUCCAAAUCCAAUGUUCUUUCUAGUCUACAGUAGAGACCUUUAAGGAUUCCCUAAAACACUUCAUUUAUAUAUAAUGGGAACUGCAACUUGAUCACCUAGUUUGGAGAAGAUACCUGUUCACUAGAGGUUAGAGAUUUGCCCAGUGAACUCUGUAAUUUGCAUCUGCAUAGAAUAUAAAAGGCAAUGAAGUGUCAGCUAGACUCAGACCAAAGGAGACACAUCCUACCGUCUACCUUCUCUCCUUCCUUCAUUCAUAGAAAUACUUCCAAAGCUGAAGAAUGGUACAUUUUACAAUACAAAUGGCUUUCUGAAUUUUUUCUUUGCAAGCCUCGAAUGCUAACCAUUAUUCCUUGCUUCUUUGAGGAUAAAGAAAUCCAAACACUACUAAACAACAAGCAUUUCUUAAGCACUGUACUAGGUGAUAGAAAUAGAAACACAAAAGUGAAGCAGACCCUGCCUUCAAGAAGCUUACAUUCUAUUUAAGAAGACAUUCAAAAGAGAUACAAGUUGAUGAGUGGGGGUGGGGGAGGACACUAGCAACUGGGAAGGAUCAGAAAAGGUUUCACAUGGACCUUCCAUUGAGUUCUUUAGCCCAGUCUAAGAGGAAACUAUGGCAUUAAAGGAGUAUAAUCCUCUUAUUGGGAGCACAAGACACUGAAAAUGGAAAUGGAAUGCUGUGCCUGAGCAAUAGGAAGGCCUCUUUGGUCAGACUAUAGUGUGUGCAUGAAGAGGGUGGUCAUGUAGUAUGUGUAUGACUAGAAAAGUGAAUUGGUGUCAGAUGGCAAAGGAUCCUAAAGGACAAACAAAGGAUACAGCAUUAUCACACUAUUUUCUACAAAAUAAAAUGAAUUUCAGAGUUAAAGGUCCAACCUAACUAAAAAAAAAAAAUCCCCACUACAACAAACCAAUAAAUGGUUAACCAGCCUCUGCUUCAAGUCUUCCAGUGAAGAAGAGUCCUCUUCCUCCUGAGGCAGCCUAUUUCAUUUUUGGAUACCUCUAAUUAUGAACGUUUUUCCUUGCACUAAAACUAAAUGUAUGUCCAUAUGAAUCACCAGAAAUGAUCAUAUGAUUUAACAAGUGUUUGAAAAACAUCAAAAAAUAUAGAAUUUGUUAUUUUCUAAUUCAGUAUAAAUGAAACUUACUUUGAACUUUACCCAAGGGUUGUUAGUUCCCAAAGUUGUCAGAUGAUUGUGUUUUUAAGGCAGUUGUACCUAAAAGGCCACUCAUAGCAAGUAUCACAAAGCCUGCUCCAAUAUAACUUAGAAGGCAAAAACACACAGAAAAUCUAUAAUACAAAAGACCUAAGCAACAUGUUUUCCCAAGUUUCUUCCCAUCAAAACAGCUUACACAGAGGAAGGUAUGAAGGGAGUAAAUAAUAUUUAAUAACUUUUAAACAACCCUAAUGAGUUAUCUUGAGGAAAUGCUUAACUGAGAAAAUGAAAACAAAUAUUACACAAUUAGAACAUUUUUGCAGAGCUGUUUCCCAUUCCUUCUGUCUCUAGGAGUGAUUGGUUUUUCCCCCCUUUUUAAUGCUAAAUAGUAAGGAAGGAAUCUAUCUGAGAACUGGUUCUCCCGUUUUUCUAGAAAUCUAGUCCAAUAUCUGGAUGCUUGGCUUUUCUCAUUCAUUUCAAAUAAACAAAAACCCUACCCCUGUCCAAGACAAGAAUUAUCUAGAACAGAGGGGAAGCAAGUUGAAGUAUCAAAACUGAGAUGUACACUAAAGAUUAUAACUACUAUUCCAUCAUUCCAAUUCAUUGUGGGCCCUUGUGGCACAUGGUCUUAAGAGCCCCAACCGCAAACAAAAGAUUAUUUGAGGAUCCUGAAAUCCCAAAACCUGAAUCCAAAAAUACAUAAAAAUUACUCGUUCUUCCUGUUACACUGUGGAACAGCAGAACUCUUGGGAUCUGUGGAGAAUAAGUAUGCCUACCUCUAUGGGGUAGAAAUUUUUCACAGAUGAUCUCCAAGAUCCUUUCCAAUCAAACAAUGAACAUUUAUUAUGUACUUACUAUGAGUCACUCACUAUGCCAAGGAUACCAAAAAAAAAAUACAGAUCCUGCUCUCACAAUCUACUGGGAGAGAAAACAAUCAAACAAAUAUAAACAAAGCAAGCUAUAAAUAGGAUAACUAGGAAAUAAUUAACAAAAAGAAGGCACUAGAAUUAAGAGGAGUUAGGGAAGACUUCCUAUAGAAAGUGGGAUUUUAGUUGGGGCUUAAAGGAAGUCAGGAAAGUCAGUAGUCAGAGCAGAGAAGAGAGUGUAUUCCAGGCUUUGGAGUAAACCAGAGAAUGCUUAGAGCUUAGAAAUGGAAAGUCUUAUUUAUAAGAUAGCCAGGAGGCUGAUUUGAAAGAAUAUUUGUUAGGAAGUAAGGUGUAAGAAGCCUGGAAAAGAAGGAGGAACUAGGCUGUGAAGGGCUUGAAUGCCAAAGUAUUUUGCAUUGGAUCCAGGAGGCAAUAGGGAGCCACUAGGUUUUAUUGAGUAGGAGGGGUGACAUUUUGGAAGUAACUAGUGGCUCAGUGGAGGAUGUAUUGGAAAGGGGAGAGACUUGUGGCAGGCAUACCCAUGAACAGACUAUAGCCCAGGUGUGAGGAGACAAAGAACUGCACUAGAGCAGUGGCAGUGUCAACGAAGAGAAGAAAUUUAUUGGAGAGCUGUUGCAAAGUUUAAUAAUUCAUGUCUAUAGAUUUGGGAACCUAGUCCUUAGUAUUUGAAUUCAUCUAGUGAUCAAUCCUCUAAAGCCAUGCAUCAGAUACAUAAAUAAAAGUGUGGGUACAAUUGUGUUAUAACAGUAGGCACCAAAAUUUUACUUUACUUGAGAUGAGUACCAUUGGUUCCACCUUGAAAGUUUAUUGAUAGAAGAAGUAAAUUCUUCAGAAUCUUAUUAGAACAGGGCAUUUCUUUAAUUUCUGAAGAGAAUAGGAUGUACAAAAGGAUUUUUCAGACAUUUGAAAUAUCAUUCAAGAGGCCUUCGACAAUAGAAUAAAGAUAGAAAUACAAAACAAGAACUUCAUAAUGUUUUUAUGUAAUAGCUUUUUCAAACUGCCCAAAUCCCCAACCAAUACCUCAUUUCCACCACCCUUCCAUUAACUUCACCUUCGCCAACAAUCCUAAUAUUUGCUCUAACAGUUCUUUCUUCCUUAAUUCCUAGCAAUCAUGUUUUUUUCAAAUUCUACCAGCCUACCUCUGCAAGUAUUCAUCUCUGCCUUCUUCCCUUUGUCUGUGUAUCUACCAACCUUCCCACUUUAGGAUGGAUGUAUUCUUUGUAGAGGGGUCAUUGUUGUUGUUGGCUUGAGAGUCAAUGGGAGACCAGAGUUUAAACUCUGGCUUACUAGUCACAUGAUCCUGGGCAAAUCAUUUCCUAUAUGAGCUUCAGUUGCCUCAUUUAUAAAAUGGGGAUGACAAGUAAUUGCACUAUUUACCUCUCAGGGUUAUUAUGAGGAACGCACUUUGUAAAAUUUAAAAGCAACACAUAAAGCUGAGCUUUUAUAAGAAUGUGUUUAUAAUUUCUUAAGCUAUCACAUUUUUUUAAAUACUAGCAGCAUUCACAUUAAGAGUUAAAAAAAAAAGACAGGACUUGUUAAGGGUGUCAUAGAGGAGACUCCUGCUUUGGGUAGGACAAAGCAGAGGGUCCAAUCCUAUCCCUUCACCUUCAGGAUUCUAUGAUUAUUUUCUAUGAAAGGUAGUUCCCCAAUGAGGAAAUUUAAUUGUUUUCCCAAAAUUCAAGAAGUAACAAACAGUAUGGCCAUUUAGAAUCACUGCUAUAUGGUAUUAGUAAUACUGCCACUUACCAGAUCUCCCCUUACAAGUAGUACAAAUAUAUCCUGUCCUUGAAAUUGCCCUCAGAGAGAUCUCUUCUAGCUCAGACAAUGAACUUCCCUAAUGAAAAAUGAUAAAUCAUUUUUCUAUAGCAUCUUAAGGUUUACAAAGCCUUUUUUUUUCCUCAUAAGAAUCCUGUGAGGUAAGUACUAAAGGCAUUCCCAUACCCAUUCUACAGAUGUAAAUAAAUUUAGCAGUGUCAAAUGCUGUGGCCCUGGUUCCUCAGCCUGGAAAGUGAGGGAGCCACCAUGAAUCACCAUCCUCUUGACUCUGAUGGCAGACAUUCCUUCCACCGUACCACAUCACCUCAAUACUGACUCUCCUUUUACGUUUUCAUAAAUCCCCAGGCUGAGAGUUUAUGACCAAUAAGGGUUGGUAAAGAGCAUCAGUGCUCUUCGAUUCCAGAUAUCAUCCCAGGCUCCACUCUUCCCCGAUUCCGAUGCUAGUGACUCACCUUUAGAACAUUUAUUAGGAGAGAGAGGAGAUGAAUCUAGAGGCUUUACCUUUGGCCACAACCUACUUGUUUCUGCCCCCGAUCUUUUCUUGCAGAUGAAGCAGGGCACUGGCCUUUCCCUGUAACUGAGGUUCAUUUUGGAUCUCACUGUGCCAAAAUGCAGGGUAGUGAUUCUGUUUUCAAAUACUCUGGUUGGGUCUGCAAUGCCUCUUUUAAGACAUGGAAGAAAUAGAACGGCAUUCCAGUCAAUUCAGAAAAUUAAGCAACUACUAUUUGCAAGGUCCUCAUCUGAGAGCUGUAUAACUGGAACAGAAAUAAAGUAGGCUCAUCACACCAUAAGAGGGAAGAUAAGCAAUAGAGCCCCUCCAUGCUCCAUUAAUAUCUCUGUCGAAUCAAGGAAUUCAGAGAAGGGCUCCUGGCACUUGGGCCUCUUCUUGAGGAUGUUUAGGAGGACAUGGACCAAUGCUGCCCAGAAUUAGGAGGCAUGGGUAGGUGUGGUCUGUCUCAUUCUUGGGUUGAGGAUAAACAAAGUGAUAGUUCAUGCUGACCUAAGGCUUAAUGGCUUAGAAAACUUUUCCUCACCAAAGCCCUCUAAGGUGGGAUGGAUCAAAUAUUACUUUCCUCAUUUUCCAACUGAGGAACCAAAGUCCCAAAGAAGGCAGGUGAUUUGCCCAAGAUCAUGCCACUAGUGAGAGGCAGAGCUAAGACUCUAGCCAGGUAGUCUGACUUCUAAGCCUCUUUCUUCCACCGCCAUACUAUGCCUCUCCCCUCAAGGAGAAAGGGAGUGAUAUAAUGCAAAUUAGAAUUCAUCGGUGCUUAGAAGAAUUCCAAAAUGCUUAUGAAAACUUCUCCCUCUGUCAUAAAUAGAGACAUUUGCUCCUGUCUCCAUAGCUUAGUCCUGAGUGGUAUUUCCUGAUAAAUAUUUCAAAUCAGCACCAAGGUGAUAGUAAUUACAUUUUGUGACACCCCUAGGUAAUGCUUAGUGAAUGGGAGAUCUGGCCAUGGCACACUGCCUGCCUUGUAUUUUCAUGCAAGAGUGAUUCUCUCACCGCCUUAUUUGCUGACAGUUCAUUACUAGGUGAUUGGACUUAACAAGAUUUUGUUUGUUUUGAGAGGAGGAAGGAAUAGAAGGAAUUGCUUGAAGAAGCAAUAAUACCAAAUACUUGCAAAUUCCAUUUAACACCAGAGAUGGAAAGAAGAAAACAAGCAUUUAUUAAGUGCCUACUAUAUGUCCAGGACUAUGCUAAAUGCUUUACAAAAUAGCCCAUUUAAUCUUCACAACCACCUUAGGAAGGCUGUACUGUUAUUAUCCCUAUUUUAAAAUUGAGAAAACUGAGGCAAACAGCUUAAGUAACUUGCUGAACCAGCACUUGAUUCACUGUACUAUCUAGCUGUUUCAAGGCAUAGAUUCAUAGGAUCAUAGAUUGAGAGCUGGAAGUGAUAUUAACUUUCUUUUAUUCAAUCCCAUAAUUUGAUAAAUGAAGAAACUUAACUACAGGGUUAAGUGAACAAGGUCACAAGUAGCAAAUAGAAGAACAAGGAUUUGAACACAAACCCUCUUGGAAAACCAAAUCAAACCAAAUAACUUAGUUCUCCCCUCAUUCACAGUGUCCCUGUAGAUGAAAGGAUGAUCCAUGUGGAUGAGAAUUGAAAGAGGGUUCGAGAAUAUCUGAUGUGGGUUUAUUGCAUUUCUUCCUCCUUGUGCAGAGGAGAAAUUGCUGGGAAACCAUAUUGGUGAUCUGAAGUUUCAAGGUUUACCAGGCCCCCAUGGGGCUUAUGAAGUGCUUCAGCUAAGUAAAAUACUCCAUCCAUAGUUUUGGUGAUUUAGCAGAGGAAAUCCAAACCCCAAUCAUCCCAAGCCUUCCUUAUUUCCUUAUAUCACUAAUAUUAUUCUUAUAAUUAUUAUAGUAGAAGUAUUUCUGGUUUUCAUGUUGUAAAUGUUGUGUAUUAAAUUAUAUUUUCAGAAGAAGCAAAAAUAAACUUUCAAAGUUCUAUUAGUCUGGAAGUUGGCAAAAGGAGUGAGUCCAAGGGACAUCUCCCAUAGGAAGUCUCUUCAAUGUGAGGGGGACUUUACAGGUGUUAAUAUUUUCUUCCAGAAAACAGAUUUUUAUUAAGGAUUAUAUGAGUCUGAUGACUGCAAAGAAUUUGGGUCCAUGAGGUAUUUUAUAUUUGGAAGUAAUAUUUUGGAAGUAAUAAAAUGUGGAAUAUUCAACCUUCUGUCCCCUGACUGUUUUGUGGGGAAACAUAGAGGAGGGCAGGUAUGUGGAUUUUUAACUCAAACCUUUCUCUAUCUUAAAAUGUGUUACUACAUGCCACAGUAAUGCAUGGUUUCCUGAGGUGAGCAAGCUGUUGGUCUUGAUUUGACAGACUCUGAAAUGAUGAGGUAGGAUCUUGCCACAAGUUUAGGGAGAAAUUAAAUUUGCUAAUUUAUUAUCAUUGACCACACUACAUGAAAACCAUUUUGGGAAGUCAGGACCCUCAAAUGGAUUAUCAGUUAACUGAGUUCUGUCAGGAAACUGCCUUCGAUUUCAGAAGACUUUUUUCACAUUUCAAAUCACCUUAAAAAAACACCUUCAUAAUUAAUCUUUCUUGUUGCUUAAUCGCAUUCUAAGUGUGAUUAUUCCAAAUGUGAUCCUCAAAAACUGAAUCUAUAAAACUGAGAACUAAAUAAAACUGGAGGAGCCCUCCCCAAAAUCUACCACUGUACAGGGCACAGCCUGAAGAGCCAGUAGGCCAUCUGUCCUGAACAUCAUCUCUUAACCACACGAUUCAGCCACUCAAGAUCUCAGUUAACCUUCAAAUUCUCUGUGCAGUCUGAUGUGUAAGUUUCUAAACAAAGACCACAUAGCUCUGGAAACAACAGUGUAAAACCGAACACUAUAAACCCACUUUACAUCCUGUUCCAUCGAGGUACAAUGGAAUUUUUCACAGGAACUCUUGAUAUUAGGUAGAAUGGACAGCCCCUGGCCAAAAAAGAAAAAAAAAACAAAAACAAAAUUCUUAACCACUGGCAGCUUCUUCCAGUCUGUGACAGAUCAAAUACUUUAACCAGACCCA